AUGUGCCACGUCCACCACCAUAACGCCAAACACCCAACAAGCACCACAAUCUUUGUCAUCAUCCGCGGACACAACACCCCACACCCACACUCGCCACAACUAACACAACACCGACAUAAUUGCCACAAACUAGACAACAUCCACAAUACCCAACAUUGUAACAAGCGUCCACGACCUAACACCAAACAAAGAGAGAGAGGAACUAGAUACACCAUCCACAGAAGUUUGAAAUCCACUGGCCGAUCUUUACUCCAUGAACCAAUAAUGGAUAUGUUUUCACUCUCCUCCACCGCAUACUGCUCUCACACUUCAUCCUUCUCCGCCACCUCAAUCCGAACCCCCACCACCACCCCUCCCCUUACUCGCUCCCUCAAAGCAUCGCAGGAAUCUGAUAACCCCACCAACCUCCGCCGCCCCAAUACUCACAAACCCCAAAAAAUUCCACCUUCUAAGCCCACCUUAACCACCACUAAAUUCCCCAAAAAUCCUCUUAAAAACCUUAUUCAUCCUGGUAAUAAUCCCCCAACCACCACCAGUAAUACUUCACAGCCACCGCACAGUCUCACCACCAAGCUCUGGUUAACAAGCAAACUUUCCCCUCCACCACCACCACCACCCCCCUCGGCAUCACCGCAAGAAACGCUCUCCGAGGGAAAUGAAGUUCAGGUUUCGGGUGAUUCAGAAAAAAGGCUAAAAACUGAGGAUUUCAGGCAAGAAGGAAAAAUAUUUGUAGGGAAUUUGCCGUUGCGGGUGAAGAAACAUGAGGUUGCCGAGUAUUUUAGGCAAUUCGGGCCAAUAAAGAAUGUGAUAUUGAUAAAGGGUCAUGAUAAUAUUGAGAGGAAUAUGGGUUUUGGGUUUGUUAUAUAUGGAGGGCAAAUGGCAGGGAAGGCCGCGAUGAAGGCGGUGGAGUUCGAUGGUGUGGAGUUUCAUGGGAGAGUUUUGACCGUGAAGUUGGAUGAUGGGAAGAGAGUGAAGGCAAGGGCGGAGGAGAGGGUGAGAUGGGUGGAGGGCGAGGAUGGGGUGGAGUAUAGAUCCAAGUGGCACGAAGCGAGGGAGGGUUCAAGAACGGAGUUUAGAAAGGUUUUGGAAACUCAGCCAGAGAAUUGGCAGGCCGUUGUGCGAGCUUUUGAGAGGAUUAAGAAGGUAUUGCUUCUUAACAUACACACUUUGGUUGUUUUGGUUGCGUGCUUUAGAGGCCUUGUAAGUAGAGCUAGUAAUAUUAGUUCUAAUUCCGUUGUCUGUUUUGGAUAGUACUGGAUCAGCACAAUUGUAAAGUGAGAGUGUGAUUACCAUUUCAAUAGAACUGUGUGAGAAGGGAAGAAAAAAGAAUGCCACAGAAAUGAA